AUUUGUUCGUUUAGUUAGAAUGAGUAAUGGCGGCAGAAGAGCUUGCAGUAAAUAUUUCUGCCUUAGCAGAUGACAUGGAAAUUAAUCGGGUAUCAGCAGUAGAUGCGUUUGAUAGGUUGUUUGUGUUGUCACAGAGGGUAGAGGAACUUACAAUCUUAACUGGACUUGAUACGAGAAGGGUGCAAACUAAUGUAGCUCAGGCGUUACAUCAAGUCACGCAGUUGGUUACACGCAGAUUGGGGAGACACGCCAUGGAGAUACCUGUGGUGGCCAUUGAGGGCUACCUCCGUUAUGGAUUAAAAGUAAAAGAAAUCGCGGGCCUUUACGGAGUCCACAGAAAUACAACACACAAGAAAAUGGAGCAAAAUGGGCUGAGUAUAUCAGCCAUGUACUCGGCUAUGACAGAUGCACAGCUGGACACUUUGGUGCUGGAGAUCCACAGAGAGCAUCCACAAUGUGGAUACCGCAUGAUAAGAGCUCAUCUUCAAUCAAGAGGUCAUCUGUUACAAAUUUUUAGAGUACAAGAAUCACUUCGAAGAGUGGAUCCAGAGGGCACGGAACUUAGAGCUCUGGCCAACCGAACUCUGUAUCGGAGACAGUAUAGUGUUCCUGCACCAAACUGCAUGUGGCACAUAGAUGGAAAUCACAAAUUAAUCCGCUGGAGAUUUAUUAUCCAUGGUGGAAUUGAUGGCUUCAGCCGCCUUGUGGUGUACUUGACUGCAGACACUAACAACCGUGCAGAUACAGUACUUCAUGCCUUCCUUGAUGCAGUCAGGCAGUACGGUUUGCCAUCUCGUGUGAGGUCUGAUAAGGGAGGUGAAAACUUUGAGGUGGCACAUUUCAUGGUGCAAACCCAGGGAGAAAAUCGCAAUUCUCAUAUAACUGGGAGGAGCGUACAUAACCAGAGGAUUGAGCGUCUGUGGCGAGAUGUGUAUACACAAGUCCUUGACCUUUUCUAUGUUCUCUUCCAUGAAAUGGAAGCAUCUGGUAUGUUGGUUCCAGACAAUGAAAUCCAUGUGUAUGCUCUGCACUGGGUUUUCUUACCAUUGCUUCAGACUCAUCUCAGUAGGUUCCAAGAAGCGUGGAACUUCCAUAGCCUGAGAAGCGAAAAUAGCCAGUCACCCUACCAGCUAUGGCUACGGAACAGAGACAUUGCUGCUGAUCCCCAUGAAGUUGAUGAGCUUUAUGGGGCAAGCAUGGAUGGCCCAGAGUUUGUAGAUGUGGACGGAAUUGAAGUCCCAGAAGUCCAGUUACCCCGUCAGCUUACGGCAGAGGAGCUAGCCAGACUGCCCAACCGUGAUGUUUUUAUUACUGAAGCACUUGAAGCGUACAGCUCAACAGUAGAACAACUGGACUACCUUUUUCCAGACUAAUAUUCCUUUUAGCUGCCUGCACUACAAAU